AUGAUCCGGACCGCAGCCGCAGCAGCACGUCUACCCCAAAGCGCUCAGGGGUGGGUGCCACUACUGCAGCAAGCGCUUAGCUUCCCUAUCGAGUCGGUCGCCUUCCCCUCGCAUUUCUGCCUCCACACUUUUAGCGAUGGCAGCACCACGACCACCGGGUUUUCACCACAAAAGACUCCCGUGAAGCUGACGACGCCGCGCCAGUGUGCCGUGUUGGUGCUGCUCUCGCCCACAGCGACGGGAGACGGAUUUCAGGACAUGUGCAUCACCCUCACCAAGCGCACAGAGACGGUGAGCUCACACAAGAGCGAAAUGAGCUUCCCAGGUGGCCAUGCCGAGGCCGACGAGACUCCACGCAACGCAGCGCAGCGUGAGGCACUGGAGGAGGUGGGCCUCCUGCCAUCAGAGUACGAGAUUAUCGGAUCUCUAACACCGAUUUCCACAAAGUCACAGCACGUGUGUGUGACGCCGUUUGUGGCUGUUGCGACUAAGCCUGUGCAGCCACACCGCGCGAGCCCUGAAGAGGUCGAUUCUCUCCACUACCUUCACCUGUCAACGCUGCUGCUGAAAGCGUCGACAAGUCACGCGCGGGUCAUCAAGUAUCAUUCCUUAACGAGCAAGCGCCCGUGUUUCUUUCCCUGCUUCUUUGCUAGCCCUGUUCAGAUGGAUGUCUCCCCGGCAGUUCGUCGAUCUCCAAAGGCGGCUGUGGUGAUGGAUGACUGCGGCUUCGAUCCGAUGCUGCCCGAGGACUUUCCUGGUGAGCUGGUCUGGGGCCUUACUUCCCUCAUGACUUGUGAACUCGUGGCCCGCGUUGCGAAGGUUAUCGUAGACGCGCCAGAGGCUAACUCAGCAGCGGAAGUGAACGCACUGUUGAUUCCUUCGAACGUGGUGGCACGCGACCCUCUCGCCGACUCGACGCGAUGA